AUGCUACCAAAAAAUUAUCAUAUGAUUUUAGUGGAAUACAAUGAUGAGAACCGCCGUACUUCUUCAAACGAUGCCUGCGCCAUAGCAUGCACAGAUGUAUCAUCGGAAGUGAAAUAUGACAUUGGUCGCAGUUAUGUGUUCGAUGUAAAAUCUCGAACAAUUCUGAAAAUUGGAGAAGAACGUGAUACGAAUGUGAUACAAAGUGCGCAGGCGCAUAUAUCAAUUCAUUCAUCAUGCGAAUUUUCACUUAAAUUGACGCAAACGUCACUAAAAGGAAUGGACGUUGGAAGUGAUUGGAGUUCGAUCCUUGAAAGAUCAUCACUUCGAUUUGCAUUUGAUAAUGGAGAAGUGAAAGCAAUUUGUCCACAUGACACUGAUCCAAUCUGGGCUAUAAAUAUCAAACGUGCUAUUCUAUCUGCAUUUCAAACCAAAUACGAAGGAACAAGAGAAACGGACAUAUCUGGCGAUUGUCCAGUGAAUAUUGAGAGACGAAAAACAAAUGGAGUAUUAAAUUUGAAAACAACGAAACAAUUGAAUGCAUGCUAUCGUGAGCAUGAUAUUGCUGGAGUUCGAGCUAUUCCAUACAGAAUGAAAUCGAAGAUACAAGUUUCACCGAUGAUGGAAACAAAACAAAUAUGUGAACGUCAAAUUGCCCAUUAUAACCUUCAACAAGUAACUUGCACCGAAGAUUAUCGUGUUAUUUCACCAUUUGGUGAAGGUAAUCUUGGAAUGUUGCAUGUUGAACAAACAUUAAGAGCUAUUGGAAUUGCAAAUGCCGGAUCACAAGAAUUAUUUAGCGAACGGAAAUCAAUCAUUUUUGAUCAUAACGAUGAUAAUUUUAAUAUGAAAAAUUCACCUAACUAUGCUAGACAAAUUAUCGAUAAAUUAUGUCAAUCAGAUGAUCGUGUUAGUCCAGAUGCAGCAUAUUAUUUUGGUGAUUUGGUUUCUAAUCUUCGAAGAUUAUCGGUGGCGGAAAUGUCAUCAAUUGCAAAUUUACAUUGUGAUGCUUUUAUUGAUGCAUUAGCAGCAUGUGGUUCAUAUGAAUGUCUUCAGCAACUUGCCAAUUUAAUCAAUUCAGGAUUAGCUUCAGAAUCUCUCUAUUCAUCACUUGCUUUAUUAUCAAAUCCAAAAAAAGGCAUUAUGGAUUCUGUUGCAGCAUUCAUCGAAAAAGUUCCAAUUCAUGGUUUAUUGGCUAUUUCAUCAUUGGUACAAUCAUACUGUAUUGCUCAUCCAAUGUGUGCAACAGAAUUACCUGUGCAACGUAUUAUACACAAUAUUUUAUCAAAAUUAUCACCCGGUUGUAAUGUUGGACAACAAUUUGAAGAAAUUAAAAAAGCGGUGAUAAUUUUGAAAUCAAUUGGAAAUAUCGGUUAUGAAGAGCAUAGCUUAUCAGCUAUAUUAGAUUGUAUUACAAAUGAUCGAAUUUCAAAUGAAAUAAAAAUUGCUGCUAUCGAUGCUUUACGUAGAAAACCAUGUAGUCAUCAACGAAAUAGCAAAAUCAUUGAAUUAUUCCGAGAUCAAACGGUAAAUACUGAAGUACGAAUAAUAUCAUUUCGACAAUUAAUGGAAUGUGCAAAUGAUGAAAUACUGCAAAUUAUUAUUGACCAAUUACACAAUGAAACUAUUAAUCAAGUUGGAUCGUAUGUUUGGUCAUAUUUGAAUGCUAAACAGCGAUCAACAAAUCCAGGAUUACAUAAUUUACAAUAUAUCCUGAGGAAAUUUCAUAUCCUACAACGCUAUAAUUUAGAUAUAAGUCGCUUUUCACGUUAUCAUGAAUUAGGAUAUUUUGAUAGAGAGAAUAACUAUGGUGGCCACGUGGAUACAUCCAUAUUACUCGUACCAAACGGUUACAUACCACGUGAAGUAGCAUUCAAUUUUACUGUUCAUCUUUUCGGAAAAAGUAUUAAUAUUUUGGAAAUUGGUGCACAAACAAAAGGUUUAGAGGAAGCGGAAGAGGAAUUAUUUGGUCCUGAUGGUUAUAUUAGCAAUCCGAAUGGACAUGUUUUCCGAGAGAAAAGAUUUCAAUCACGAUAUCCCAAAUUAAAUCAUUUGCAGGAAUUAUACAGAAGGAGAAAGGAUAAUGUUGAAAACCCAAUGAGAAUGACUUUUUACAUUAGGAUGUUCGGAGAUGAUUUGUAUUAUUAUGGCUUUCAAAAGGAUCAACAUCAAUUUCUGGAUGAAGUGAAAGAAAGUAUUGAACUUGAUAAAGUGCUAGCAAAAUUAGUGCAGGAGAAAACAAAAAAGCUUUCGCGUUAUAUGCUUUUAUUUGAAUUAUCGCAAACAUUACCUACACUAUCCGGAUUAUCACUUCAAUUCUUAACAAAUAUAUCACUUGCUACUAAAAUGAAUAGUAAAUUGAGAUUGAAUCUCGUGGAUUUGUUGCAGCGAAAAAUUGAUGCAAAUGGUCUUCUUGAUUUACGUCCAUCAAUAUCGAUUGCAAGAGAAGGCGCAAUACUUUUACGUGCAGGCUAUGUAACAUCUGGUGCUAUGAUGACAUCAAGUUUGCAUGCUGCAACGAGUAUUGUACAGAAUAUAGAAAUGAAUGCGGGAAGAAAAUUAUCAUUGAAAAUUGACAUUCCACAUAAGGAUCUUCUGAUUACGAAGAUACGUAAUACUAUUACUAAAAUUGAAAGUAAUCGUCACCGACCAUUCAUCACUGGACGUCAUAUUCAUGAAGCUGUGGAAAAGCAUUACUGCUCCAGUGAUACACUGGCAAAAAUUCUCGGAAUUCAAGCAUGUCUCGAUCUUCAUGCUAGUUUCCCAGUACUGGAAGGAAGUAUUAAAGUGGAGAAAGUUGAUCAAGGAUUAAAUAGCUAUCAAUUUCUUAUUGAAAAAACCAAUGGCAGAGGUGAACAAAAAUUAUUAAUAAUUAUGGAUACACCGGGAUCAAGAAUAAAUCGAAAAAUUGAAACUGAUUUUGAAAUUUCAAUUCCGCGCAAAAAGUUUAAACUUGGCAUUAUUUCACCAUUCAAAACGAUAGUAUUGGAUGGUAAUUUAAAACAAAUGGAACAAUUGGAAGAUUAUGCAACCAAUCUUCAACUUAUCGUGGAUGACAAAGUUUACACGCUUGAUGGUAUACUGAAGGCAACUAAAAUAGAUGAACGAAAUUUGUAUAAAUUAAAUGCAAAAAGUGUUGUUAACAGUUUGGCAGUAGCAGAAGUUAUAGCAGAAUUACAAUAUAGCACUACAAAACCGUAUGGAAUGAUUGAUUUUCAUUUGGAUAAAAUCUUUAGCAAGCCAAUUAUAUUCAAAACAUUGAUAAAUCCAGCAGCUCCAAAUUAUGAAGGUAAAUUGGAAUAUUCCGGACCCGAUUUCAACGGAAAAUUAGAUACUUCAAUUAUUCAUCAAGGAAUGAUUAAUUUGAAAGGUACCAUAAGUGGUGAAUAUCAAAUUGAUAAUCAAUCAAAACGAACACUUGAAAUUGGACUUCAACAAGCAUUUCAAAAAAAAGGAACUAAUUAUCAUUUCAAACAUGCCAUUCAUGCUAUUAGUACUGCUUUUAACAAAAUCGAUUUCCAAAUACUUUCUAAUCGUACUGGAAAUAACAUAAAGAAUUUAUUGGAAGCAACUUAUUUUGGAAAAAAAUUGCUAGCAAAUUUAGAUGUAACACGUGGUGCAAAUAAUAUUUACACUGCUAUUGGAAUGGUAAAAUGUGAUCAAUUUGAUAUCGAUACAAAAGCAAAUAUUAUUUAUCAAAAUCGUUUCCCACUGCAAUUUAUGUUAAAAAUUGAUGUUGAAGCACCAAAAAUAAUACAAAAUAUUCACGCUUCAGCAGAAUAUGCCGUGAAGGUGGAUCCAAAAUGGAAUUUUAAAGGAAAUAUUCUGCUCCGCCAUCCCAAUCGUGAAAUAACUUUGAGAAAGGAAAUUGAUGAAGUGACCGCUGGACAGUACAAAAUGGAAACAUAUUUACAAUGGGAUCCAAAUGGUAGAAUAAAUGCAAUAUCUGAUGUUAUAUUUCGUCCACGCGAAAACGAAUAUACUAUUGAAUCGAUGGCUAAUAUUGCCGGUAUAAAUGAACCAAUAAAUAUCAGAAAACAUGUCAAAUAUCAAUUUGAUAAUUACAAUAUACAAUGGCAUGCAAAACAAGGUGGCCGAACGAUAUAUGAAUUAAAUGCUAAUCUUAUUGGACAUUUUGGUGAAAAGCAACAACUCAAUUUCAAUAUUAAUUCUGACAAAUUUGAACCACGAAUCAAUUAUUAUGUGACAGUUGAAUUUCAACCAUCAAUGGAUAGUGUAACAAUGAUUGCUACGAUACGUAAAGAUGGACAACAUUUUGGUACAGGUAAUAUUAUAGUACCGAAAAAAUUCAAUCUUCCUAAUCAACAGUAUCGUGGAGAAUUCAGUUGGAUUUAUCAAGCUAAACCACGAAAGAUAGCGAUUGAGUACAAGCAAUUAAAGCAUACAUACGGUUCAUUUCAUGCCGUAAAAAUAGAAUCGGAUGAUAAGCUUAAUCUAAACAUGCAAUUCGAUCAUCAAAAUGAUAAGACAAUUCUUAAAUGUGAUUUGGAUAAAGAUCGUAUUCGAACUAUUUCAAUGAUGCUCACUACAACUCCUUUCCGUUGGGAUUUCUUUGAAAUUGAUGGUCAUUUCAGUACUGACACACCUCUGCAACAACGCUCAAUUAGAACGAAAGCAGCAUUUCUUUAUCGAAUAGAUCAGACAAAUAUUGAAGGAUUAUUUGAAGCAAAUAAUAAACGUUACGCUCUUGAAUGUCAUUGGCGUAAAGCAUUUUAUGAUAUUGGUAGACAUUAUAUUUAUGCUGGCAAAUUUGAAACACCACAAGAUCGAGUAAACUUAGAGCAACAGUUACAAGUGGAAAAUGUUUUUACAAUACGAAAAGCAAAAACAAUUUUUGAGUAUUUCGUUGCUGAACAAACAUUUAAUCUAACAAACGAGAUUGAGUACAAUAAUGAUGCAUCCUUCAGCACUGCUACCAAUGUUAUUGGAAAUAGAAUAAUGCUGAAACAUACGAUGGCAUAUGAUCAUAAAAAUGGACAAAGAAUAUUGAAGAAGCAUUUGAAAUACAAUGAAAAAGAGAUAAACAUUGAUGCAGUAACAAUUUACCGUGAUGGAGAAGUUAAAAUAGACAUUAGCGCUUCAUCGACAUUUGAAAUGAUUCAAUAUGGCAAGAUUAUGUUUGAUUGUCGAAAAGGCAAUACUUUUUGGAAUUGUGAUGCGGAAAGUAAUAUAAACAAUCAAUAUGUAAUUAAAGGACAUGAAAUGUUAUCAUCACAAAAUACUGACAUCGGUUAUUUGGUGAAAUUAGGAAAUCAAGCUUUAAAAUACAAUGCUAAUGCUAUGUUGCGACGUGGCGAAAGUGUUUAUAACCUAGAAAUGGACGUGAAUGAUAAUAGAGGUAUUGUAAAAUUGCAAACACCAACGCAUGCAAUCAACAACACACAAGUCAGAAUAAUACGAAAAGGACGUACUGAAUUCGAGAUAAGUACUGAAGGUGGAAGUGGAGGAAGAAUAUAUGCUCAUGUUAAAACAGGUGAUUACGACAAAUUGUUGAAGAUACAGAUAACAGAAAUGCCGGAACCGUUCCAGAUAAAUUUGGAAAAUAGUUUAAUUGGUGAUAAGCAAAAAUUAAUUGCCGAAUUAAUGUUAGAUCCUCUCGGACAGAAAAGGACUUAUGGUGUAGAAAAUGAAAUCGAAGGUGAAGGCGAAACAUUCCGUGCCUUACGAUUAACCUUAAAACAACCGAGAAGAGAAAUAAAUAUUGGAAUACUUCGACCGUCACAAAACAAAUAUGCUUUAUCAAUACAACCAAAUGUUGGCGGAAAAAGACAUCCAACCGUUGCUGAAAUGACAUAUCAAAAGAUAACUGAUGGUUAUCAAUGGGAAGGAAGCAUUUCGGAUCAAGCAUUGAAGGCACCACUGAAAGCAAAAAUAAUGUACAGGAAGGUUGAGCGAGAUAAAUACAAUUAUCGAUUGGAUUUGCAAACUGAAUUUGCGUACAGUAAUGAACCGAAUAAAUUAUUCACCAAUUCAUUACAUUUACAUCGAAGUAUUAUCACAUCAGAGCGAAUUAUCAGAAAACGAGCUAUUACGAGAUAUGAUGAAAGACAAAAUGAUAAUGCACGAUUUAUUAUUGAAUUGAAAAGUAUCCAUUUGGCAAGCAAUCUCAAUACUCGUUUAUGGACUAAAAUUGAUCGACGCAUCAUUGGAAAUGCUGCAAUUCCCAUUCAUGCAACUUUCGGUUUGGAAACUAAAAAUUUGCAACAUCAACCGGUGGAAUAUUCAUUGGAGACGAAGACGGAUGCAAUCAAAUUUACGGAAAUUCAACUGAAAUCACCGAAUUCAAUAUUGAAAGCAAGAAUUAAUAAAAUAAACGAUAAAAAUUAUAGAAUUGAAUUUUAUGAGAAUAAUGAACGACCAACUGUUGUUGGUGAAUUGAAUUUACACGAUAAUGGAGCAAUAUUUGAAUAUCGUAAUGGAAAAUCACAUGAAAUUAAAUUGCAUGCAUCAAUUCAAAAGCUUAAUGAUUAUGAAGAAAAAAUUGAUGUAUGGCAUAGUGAGGCGGGAAAGAAAAUACAAGAUGCUCGUUUAUCCUUACAA